UCUCACAGCCUCUCUGCCGUUUGGACCUGCGUUGUCUGCGUCGCUCUCCAGAAGACACCAUCAAAGGAAACGCGUGCGCGUCCCGCUGCACCCUUCCGGGAGCGAUGGGAGGUAUAUAGGCCUGCUGCCGCCGGUAUUCUUUUCCUGGCGUGAGCCCGCGAUCAUUUAUUUCCCACACCAGCGAUCUGAUCAGCAUAUGCACUAUGUUCUCUCUCGUGACAGAGGCCGAGACGCGACAGAAACUGCUGCGUAAUGUGAAGAAAGAGGUGAAACAAAUUAUGGAGGAGGCCGUAACGAGGAAAUUUGUGCACGCAGACAGCAGCCACAUCAUAUCCUUCUGCGCUGUAGUGGAGGCCUGCAUGCUUCAUGGACUGAAGCGACGUAUCGCAGGUCUGCUCUGCAGUAACAAGGUUGCAGCUCUCUUUAUGAAGGCGGCAAAAAGCUGUUCGUCUGCUGAGGAACUCUGUCACAAGGUCCAGGAGCUGGAACAGCUCAUCGAAAGCAGCAAGCAGAACAAUUCUUCCCUGAGUAAUGACCGCGGGAGGCUAUCCAAGUUGGCCCACAUCCCCCCUCAGGCACUGAAGCACCUCUGGAUCCGAACUGCACUGAUGGAGAAGCUCCUGGACAAGAUUGUCGUGUACUUGGUGGAGAACAGCGGUGCCUUCUAUGAGAAAGAAGCCAUGCUGAUGGAUCUUGUGGAUGGACCCAUUCUUGCAUCUCUAUUGGUCGGCCCUUGUGCUUUGGAGUACACCAAAGUUAAAACUGCAGACCAUUUCUGGAUGGACCCAUCUGCUGACGAGCUCGUGCAGCGGCAUCGCAUCCACAGCGGCCACUGUCGGCAGGAUUCACCCUCAAGACGGCCUGCCCUGAUCCAGAAGAGACAGUCCAGUGGUAGCAUGGAUGAUCGUCCUCUCAUGUGGGUGAGGGACUACGUUGAAUCACUCCACCAAAACUCCAGAGCCACACUUCUGUUUGGGAAGAACAAUGUGCUGGUGCAGCCGAGAGACGACAUGGCGGCCAUCCCAGGCUACCUUUCUCUACAUCAAACUGCAGACCUCAUGACACUGAAAUGGACCCCCAAUCAGCUGAUGAAUGGCAACGUGGGGGAGCUAGAUUCUGAGAAAAGUGUUUAUUGGGAUUAUGCUAUGACAAUUCGCUUGGAGGACAUUGUGUAUCUUCACUGUCAUCAGCAAGUGAACAGUGGGGGGACUGUCGUUUUGGUGAGCCAGGAUGGGAUCCAGAGACCUCCUCUACAUUUCCCCAAGGGAGGCCAUCUCCUCCAGUUUCUGACCUGUCUAGAGACCGGCCUGCUACCUCACGGACAGCUGGACCCACCGCUCUGGAAUCAGAGAGGAAAAGGAAAGGUUUUCCCCAAACUGAGAAAUCGGAGUCCACACGGCUCAUGUGAUUCUGUAUCCGAUAAGGAAGAUGAUGAAGCAACCGAUUAUGUGUUUCGGAUCCUCUUUCCUGGCCAUCAUAUGGAGUUCAUGGCCUUGGAGCUGAUGGACCAGGGCGUGAACAUGUGGCAACCGGCGCCCAGGAAGUCCUCCUGCUCCUCCUGCUCACAGAACGGCUCCUCUAACGGCUCUCUGCCCAACGGCUGUAACCAGGAAAGGGCUCCCUUAAAGCUCCUUUGUGACACCAUGAAGUACCAGAUCAUCUCCCGUGCUUUCUAUGGAUGGCUUGCAUACUGCCGUCAUCUGUCCACAGUUCGUAUACACCUUUCUGCUCUGGUCAACACCACGAUAGUGGAGCCUGACGUGCCCUGUAAUGCCCGAGGAGGACUCUCUGUGGAGGUCUGGGGCCGGUUCCUCAAGGAUAGCUCGGCGUAUGAGGAAGAGGAGAUACGCAGGCUUGUGUAUUUUGGUGGUGUGGCUCCUUCACUACGCAAAGAGGUCUGGCCCUUCCUGUUGGGACACUACCAGUUCACCAUGAAUGAGAAAUGCAGGCUAGAGAUUGAUAAGCAGAUGCGGACCAUGUAUGAACAGACUAUAAAGGACUGGCAUGGUUGUGAGGCCAUCGUCCUUCAGAGGGAGAGGGAGAAGCAUGCUGAGGCCAUCGCCAGAUGUUCGUCUGGAGCCAGUGUGGAAAGAGGGCCAGUGCAGCAGGACUCCACCAUCAGUACAGAUUCGUCUCUAAGUAGCAGCUCAGACCAACAGAACGUCCACUCCAGCAGCAGCAGCAGCAGCGCACAGGUAUUUGAAUCGGUUGAGGCGGCGGUUCAGAUUGAGACUGAGCCCAGGGUUGAGGGAGGAGAAGCACGGCAAAGUGGUCCCCUGAAGGACUCCACGAGUGGCACUGCAGACAGCCCACAACUUCCUUCAGGCGGCCCCUCCUCCCCAGGUCUGUCAAACCAACAUCCGGGUUCAGAGUCAGCUGUUGGAGCUGCAACCUCUCAGCAGUCAGAAGCGUCGCAAGUUUUACCUGAGAAACCUACACCUGGAUCACAGUCAGGAAGUGAGCAUGGAGUGGACCCAGGAGCCAAAGCUGAGAAUUCAGAGAAGAAGAUGGAGAAAGUUUCAGAAGGUGAGAUGGUCCAGGACUGCGGAAUCAAGUUACAAAAGACGUCUGAAUCGAAAGAAAAACCUGAACUAGAAGAAAAGAAAUCUGGAGAUUUAACAGCAGUCGACACAAAUAUGAAUUUAAGAAGUAUUCCCGAGAGCACUAAUGUUCUAAAGCUAGAAAGAGAGAUUCAUAAUGAAUAUUUCCAAGCACCUCCACUCGGGCAGACCUUGCUUUUUCAUUCACGCAAGAGCAAAGAUCUGAAAUUGGAGCCAUUUUGUCCGCCUUUAGCAGAAAAAGAUGCAAAUCCAGAGGGAGAAAAAAAGCUGGAGAUUUCUGAAAAACUCGAGCUAACUUCUGGAAAAAAGGCCACAGAGCCAGAGAGAAAGGAUGCUGAUGGAACAGUGAGUGAGUUUGCUGAACUCAAAAAAGCUGCGGCAAUUCCAUUUGAGAAACCUGGUUCAGAUUCCCCUGUCAGACAAGUACUAAACGCUCUGCAGUCAAGGGGAAGCUUCUCAAUACCGUCCCACUCUCGGCAGUCUCCGGACACGGCAGAUUCAGAUGACUCUCCUUCGGCCCUGGAAAUGGAGGACAUUCCUGCAGGGACAUGUGUGACCUCUGAGGAUAUUCAGGCCAGGCCUUUGGCAGGCCUUGCUGCUCCCCCUAUGCGCCCUGCGCAAAGACAGAAAAUGGCUUUCGAGGAGCUCGUCCUCGAUCCCCAUCUGGACUCAGCCUGUAACACCAGUCCGGAGGGCACCGACCUGGGCCUUUCAGAAGAGGAGCCUGAGAUGGAGAAUGUGCUCGCUGAACCAGAGUCUGCCGAGGUGGGAGGAGACACCAAACACGACGAAUCCUCAGGAGAACAAACCUAUUCCCAAGAAACGCUGGACAUGUACCUGAUCAACUUGCAUCGCAUCGACAAAGACGUCCGGCGUUGUGACAGAGCGUAUUGGUACUUCACCCCUGAGAACCUGGAGAAGCUGCGUAACAUCAUGUGCAGCUACGUGUGGAAGCAUCUGGAUACAGGCUACGUUCAGGGCAUGUGCGAUCUGCUGGCUCCCCUGCUGGUUAUUCUUGACGAUGAGGUCAUGGCGUUUAGCUGCUUCACUGAACUGAUGAAGAGGAUGAACAACAACUUUCCAUAUGGAGGGGCCAUGGACUCUCACUUUGCCAACAUGCGUUCUCUUAUCCAGAUCCUGGACUCUGAGCUGUUUGAACUGAUGCAGCAGAAUGGAGACUACACUCACUUCUACUUCUGUUAUCGCUGGUUUCUACUCGACUUCAAAAGAGAAAUGGUGUACGAUGACGUGUACUCCGUGUGGGAAACCAUCUGGGCAGCCAAGUACACGUCCUCUGACCACUUUGUGCUCUUCAUUGCUCUCGCACUCGUGGAGAUGUACAGAGACAUCAUCCUGGAAAACAAUAUGGACUUCACGGACAUCAUCAAGUUCUUUAAUGAAAUGGCCGAGCGGCACAACGUUCCGCAGGUCCUGACGAUGGCUCGAGACUUGGUCAACAAAGUGCAGACGCUCAUAGAAAACAAGUGAUGCUGCCGUGUGUACUCCCACAUUUCUCUGUGCUUGAUUGUUUUAAGAUGCUGACACGAACCAAGGACACAAUAUUCAUAUUUAAGAGGAAAGGAAUACAUGUAAAUGAAUUGCAGUGAUUGGUAAGAGCUGAAAAGACAACUGGUCAUUAUUUUUAAGACACCUUAUUUCCAGUUGCUCCUCUCUAUAUUCAGGAGAUGCAAUUUUAUUGCCAGUAGAUUUAUUUCCAAAGUGUUAUAGUUCACCUCGUAAAUGAUAAAAAUGCUUCAGGAUGUUAUUUAUUUUUGCCUUAAAUUGAGCUAUUCUUUCAGGGAUACAGCAGCCAAAUGUGUCACUGUAUUGUUCUAAGGUUGAUUUGGUUCAGUUCUACACAUCUCGUGAUGCACUUGAAUAUGUUUUCAAUACUGUUAUUAUUUUUCGUUGAAAUUGUAGCUGACAUGUUUAAACAUCUUGUGAUGCACUUGAAUAUAUAUAUAUUUCCGGGAUAAUAAUGUCUAGCGGUGUUGGAUGAUUUGGUUUGGUAAACGUUCGAGGUACAUUAGAGGAGGUUGUCUGUGUGGUUUGGAAGAGGACCACCGGCUGGCUUCUCUGAGCCCCGGUGGUCCUCUUCCUCGGUUUACCCUCCGAUGCACACGAGCUGGCCGGGCAUCCAGACCGCAGCUGUGCACUCUGUGCACUCUGUGCACUCUUGCAUGAUUGCACAUAGUUUGCCUUCAGUUCAGUCUCGCCCCCUUCCUCUGCUACCAAUCUGCCAUACGUUGUGCUCCUUCCAUGUCUGACCUCCUCUAUGCAUUGACUCCCUUUUGUUUUCUGUGCACACUGGUUCAAAUGGGCACUCACAUUCUUCUCACCUUAAAUAACCCAAUGCUGCUCAGGCUGACGGGUUGAGCCGUUUCUCAUUUUGAGCUGGUGAUAAGCUUAAAGGGAGAUGCAGUGAGGGAAGCAUGCUUCUUUUGCACUAUACACUUCUCUUUGAGAUCAGUUUCAUGUAUUUUUUUGCCCUCUUUUGACCUGCCGAUCUUAGUUGCCUUGUCUUUAACACGCUUUAGUUCAUUCUUUUUAUCGCUCAAGAUUUUAGCAACACGUCUUACAAUGAUUGUUGAUAUUUCCUGGAGUAACUGUGCAUUUAUCUUUAUUAUUACCCAGAGAUCCCCAUGACCAUACCCAUUGAAGAAGAGCUCUGCUUGCUAAACACUGAACCUCUGAAUUGAGGCUAAAGUCAGUGUCAUGGAUUCACUUUAGCUUUGACACUUCGGCGGCAUUUAGUUUCCUGUAAAGCUAGCGUGUACACAGAAUGCCUUGAUUGGCCCACCUAUUUCAUCAGUUCAUUUAAAAGAGCAGUCCUCUUCUGCUUACAUUGUUCCAUGUUAUCCGGUGCCCUUGGAGGGCUCUCCUUUUAGCGAGACUGAAAUGGUCUCCAGAUGUAUCUGUUGUGCACCUCCUCCUCAGUGUCUGUGCAUUGCGCUGUAUUACAGUGCUGCUUAGGGCAUUAGUCAUAACGCCAGAUACUUGUAUAUUAGAUCUUGUUGAAGUCCUCAUCAGGUUUUCACAGUCUUGUAAGUGCCAGAAGGUCAAGUUAAUCCUUAAAGGGUCAGUUCAGUGGUAGCCAGUCAGUCAUAUGUAGCUAUGCGGAUCAUUUUGGUUUUAUGUGCAUAUGUUUAAACCACUGGAUCUUCUGCUCUUAAUUCAAUACAGUGGAAGAUAAUAAUUGGUUCAUCUGAAAAUUGAAAUGUAGAAGCAAAGUGUAUGUCCAGAAACAAUGUGAUGGAGACCUUGAUGUCAUUGUUUAAAUUGAUUUAAUGAGGUCUAAUAAAGCCUUAUAAGGUAUGUGAAUCUAAUCAGUGUUGCAGAUAUUCUAGAUGGAUUACAACCUAUAAUCUCUGCAGAUAAAUGCAACACUUUUGACAUUACUAUAUACCAGCAUAAGUAUAUCAGAACAUAUGAUUUUUGGUUACCACUCAGUUACAAAAUAGCCAUAACAAACCCAUGUUUGGUUCCCUGUGGCUUAAAUAGCAGUGUUUUGAUAUCACUGCUAAUGUGUCUCCACAUGAUCUUCUAAAACAUGCCCGAGUAUUGCUGUUUGUGCAUUGCUGUGUUCGUUGUCAGAAGAUAUACGGUGUACAAUGUGUUAAAAAGAAACAAAGAAAGUAAAUAUUUAUUAAAUGCAAUACAAUGUCUGUAUAUGGGCUUUAUCGGAUUAUAAUCAACAGAAAGAUAAAAAUGUGCCAUUGGAAAUAAAUAUAUUUUUAUUUUUUUCUGUCUUCUCAAAUUGUCACCUGGUAUAAUUAAUUGAAUGCAUAUUAAAAUUAUAUUUUGCAGCCCAUGUG